AUGAAGUCAAUCCAGUUUUGCUUCCUCUUCUGUUGCUGGAAAGCUCUCUGCAGCUACAGCUGUGAGCUGACCAAUAUCACAAUCACGGUGGAGAAGGAGGAAUGCCGCUUCUGCAUCAGCAUCAACACCACCUGGUGUGCCGGCUACUGCUUCACCAGGGAUCUGGUGUACAAGGACCCGACCCGACUCAACAUCCAGAAAACAUGUACCUUCAAGGAGCUAGUGUAUGAGACAGUGAAAGUACCUGGCUGUGCUCAGCAUGCAGACUCCCUCUACACCUAUCCAGUUGCCACUGAGUGUCACUGCGGCAAGUGUGACAGUGACACUACUGACUGUACUGUCCGAGGCCUGGGACCAAAUUACUGCUCCUUCAAUGAACUAAAAGAGUAA